UACUUUGCCACACACUCUCAUGUAGAUUAACCUUUCAAUUAGUUGUUAUAUCAGGUUCCCUCUGCCUCCGCCGCGCUUUUUAUUCGCUGGAUCAAACGGGACCCGCUGGAUUUUAAUUGACCCCUUUACGCGAUUUUUUAUUUUUUACGCCGCUUCAAAUAAACCCGUUUAUUAAGUGCUUCCGCCAGGAGCCGAGCGACCGCCGAGCAACUUGAGGUUUCACUCACGUGAAGUUUGCAAGGAUUUUGCAAGGAAAAACUUUGCCUGGAUUUAUUGAGUUGUAAUUUUGACAGUCUCCUGAGGAAAUUUUAAGGAAAUGUAGAGACAACCUGGCGUAAGGAGUUCUGUCAGUAAUCUUGCACACCAUGGUGUACUGAUGGCUGACUUGUGUUUGUGGAUGCAUAUUGUUUGCUCAUAAAAAGAAGGAAUGUAUUCAUGGAUUAUGCCUUAAUGCACCAAAUAAUUUCACCAUGGUGAAACUGGCCAAUCCCCUGUACACAGAGUGGAUUCUUGAGGCUAUUCAGAAGAUCAAAAGGCAGAAGCAGCGGCCUUCAGAGGAGAGAAUUUGCCAUGCUGUAUCAACGUUGCACGGACUAGACAAGAGUACCGUACUGCAGCAGUUGGAGCUAGCUGUAAAGGAUGGAUCCAUCCUUAAGGUCACUAGCAAAGGUUGCGCUUCAUACAAAGAUCCGGAUAACCCAGGGAGGAUUGCGUCGAUCAGGCCUGGAGGCCCGGUUCCCUCAUCGGCAGGAUCUGUGGUACCUGCAGGAGAUCUGCGACAUCUGGAUUGGAAUAAGGUCCUCAGGAGGGCUAUAGAGGGCCUGGGUGCCCCUGCUGGCUCGUCCCUGAGGAACAUAGAGCGCUUCUUAAGGAGUCAGGAUGACCUGGCGAACGUGGUGGCUAACCCCAGGUUCCAGCAGAGGCUGAGGCUGGCUGCUAAGCGUGCCGUGAAUAAUGGGAGGCUGCUAAAGGAUGGGCCGCUUUACAGGAUGAGAAAUGGCAGUGCAGGUGGAAAGACUGGCUUCAGGAGCAGCAUUGGAUUGGCACUGGACCUCCCACCUGUAACGCUUCUACCACACGAGAAAGAUCAGCCUCGUGCCGACCCGAUACCUAUAUGCAGCUUCUGUUUGGGCACAAAGGAGUCUAAUCGAGAUAAGACACCAGAAGAACUGCUGUCAUGUGCAGACUGUGGGAGCAGUGGCCAUCCAUCUUGUCUGAAGUUUUCAGCCAAUUUGACUGCAAAUGUCAAGGCGUUGCGAUGGCAAUGCAUCGAAUGUAAAACGUGCAGUUCCUGUCAAGUUCAGGGGAAAAAUGCUGAUGAAAUGCUGUUCUGUGACUCCUGUGAUCGGGGGUUUCAUAUGGAGUGUUGUGACCCACCACUCUCCAGAAUGCCAAAAGGAAUGUGGAUCUGCCAAGUAUGCAGGCCAAAGGAGCAGGAGGAAAAACGACUGCUGCACAAAACAGCAGCCCAGAUCAGGAGGCGAUAUGCAAAGCCAGGAAGGCCGAGAAAAAAUCUCACACAUCAAAUAAUUCCUGACAGUGGUGCUGCACGAACCCAUGAGCUGUGUGAGAGAGAGGAACAUAGUCGGGGUCCUAAGAGUUCAGCCUGCACUUCACCCACGUCCAGCACCUUCUCGUACAGCACAGACAUGCAGAGCCGCUUGAGCCUCGGCAUUCCCCGUGCAUCGACUCCAGCUUCUCUCACUUCCUCGCCCACACUGCCUCCAUACAACAAGAAAACCAAAAGUCUCAUCGAUGGCCUCUCAAGAUUUUUCACGCCCUCUCCCCUGGGCCGACGCAUGCGUGCUGACGCAUCCACGUCUUCUGAACCACAUAGGCCUAACAAACGGACUUACCGGAAACGCCUGUGUGACCCACGUUCCAUCUCAUCGGUGACAGGCACCAGCCAAAGGAUAACUGCCCUAUGUAGUGCACUCACUACCCCCUGCUCUUUAUCAGGACACAGCCCAACAUCACUGAAUCCCAGUCAGUCUGAUUCUCCUCAGAGCUCCUCGUCCCAGUCGAGUGGCCCGUCGCUCAGCAGUCUUGCAAGCAGCAGCCAGCUGAAGGGACUAUUUGAUGGACUGUCUCACAUCUACGCAACUCAGGGACAGUCCCGGCAGAAGGGAUUGCCCAGCUAUGCACCACCUAAACGAGGCCAAUGCACACGGGACGCUUCCUCCUCACCCACAACGCCUUUGCAACUCCAUGGUAAUAAGCCCACUGAAGGGUUCAGUAGCAAACUAGCAUCAGUAUCCUGCUCAGACUCUGGCUGGCCUCCUAAGCGAGGAAGGCCUUUUAAGACGGCACUUCAUUUUAAGCGAGCCUCCUUCCUGAAGAAGCACAGGCUCUUAGGCAGGUUUAGGUUUAAGGCAUCCCCGCAGAAGGGCAGCCCCACGCCAGGGAGGAACAGCCUGACACAUGGACGAAACCAUGGCACAUGGUCUGACCAAAAUCAUGUCUUAAAUUCCUUGAGAUGCCUAAAAAGAGAAGUUCAGGAAACAAGGUUACCCUCGUCCAAUGACCAAGUAACCGAAGAGGACAUUAAGAUGUUCAAGCAUACCCAGGAGCUCACCACAAAGAGGACCGAGCUUGUAAGCAGUGGUGAUCACGGACCGUCACUCAUAGAGUUUGGAAAAUAUGAAAUACAGACAUGGUACUCUUCACCUUAUCCUCCAGAAUUCUCGAGAUUACAGAAGCUCUAUCUCUGUGAGUUCUGUCUGAAGUACAUGAAAAGCCAGGACAUUCUGCAAAGACAUUCAAAGAAGUGUGGCUGGUUUCACCCGCCAGCUAAUGAGAUCUACAGAAAAGAUAACCUUUCUGUGUUUGAGGUUGAUGGAAAUGUAAGCAAAAUUUUCUGCCAAAACCUCUGUCUGCUUGCGAAGCUUUUUCUUGACCACAAAACGCUGUACUAUGAUGUGGAGCCUUUCCUUUUCUAUGUUUUAACGCAAAAUGACGAAAAAGGUUGCCAUCUUAUAGGAUACUUCUCAAAGGAAAAGCUUUGCCAGCAGAAGUACAAUGUCUCCUGCAUAAUGAUCAUGCCCCAGUACCAAAGGCAAGGAUUUGGGAGGUUCCUCAUUGAUUUCAGUUACUUACUCUCCAGGAGGGAGGGCCAGGCCGGGUCCCCGGAGAAGCCUCUAUCAGAUCUGGGUCGUCUGUCCUAUUUGGCGUAUUGGAAAAGUGUCAUACUGGAGUACCUGCACAAUCACCCGGAUAAGAGUGUGAGCAUCAAGGGAAUGAGCAAAGCCACAGGCAUGUGUCCACAUGACAUUGCCACCACACUCCAGCAGCUCAACAUGAUUGAUGUGCAGGAUGGCAGAUUUGUCAUCAUUCGAAAGCAUCAGACGAUUCAGAAGCACAUUUCACGGCUUCUAGAGAAACCACGUAUUUAUGAGGUCGAUCCUGACUGUCUUGUCUGGACUCCUGCUAGAUCAGUCUACAGAAAACCUUUAGAGAGACAACAUAGAAAAGGAGCAGAGAAAGCAAAUCUUGUGGUAUGCAGUGAAUCAUCCACUGAGAAGCGAGCACGAAUGAUCAGCAGUAGGAUACCUCCUCUUACCAAGAGUAACAGCUACACCAGACAGAACCCAGAGCAAAUGCUUACUACCACAAUUGAAAAGGACUUGGACGUCAGCGAGGAUAGCAGCAGUGAUGACAAUACUUCAGUCCGAUCCCAGUCUACACCAGGGCUCAAGCGAAGGAGAGCAGGCCCUCUGCGGAGAAAAAGAGGCAGAAGGAGAGUGCGCAUCAACAGUAGCGUCACCACAGAAACAAUAUCGGAGAGAACAGAGGUGCUGGAUGAGCCAUUUGAGAACUCUGAUGAGGAGAGCCCUGCGCCACAGCUAGGCCAUUCUGUCAGGAGGGAAGGAAGUGAGGAAGAGGAGGAAGAGGAGGAGAGCAGUGUAAGAACAGUUGUGCGUAGACCUGGAAGACCAAGGAAGAAGGAAAGACAAAAUGACAAUCAUUUAAAUCAACAGGAAGGAGAUCAAGUUGAAGAUGCUGUGAAAAAGGACAAUCCUCGGCCCGUUAAGCGGAAAAAAGGCUGGCCCAAAGGAGUGAAGCGAGGGCCCCCUAAAUGGAGGCUAAAGAAAGAGAGAAAAAUGGGAUUUAAGCUCAACCUCUACACACCACCCGAGACGCCCAUGGUCAGUAUGGAGCAGGAACCAGAGGAGGAGCAGGUGGACAGUCCUGUUUCUGUUCCUGAUGGCUCAGAGUCUGUCUUUCUAAAUGAACCAGAGUGUGUAAAGCCAGAGCUGCACUCAGACACCCUGAUCACGGAGCCACAGGAACCCAGUGAAGAACACAAGGGUGACGAGCCUACAGAUAAACCUGAUUCUGUGGCCGUUUCUCCUUGUGAUGGGGUGAGCCAGGAAACUACGUCAGGUCCUAUGAACUCUGAUGAACAGUCCCCUGAAAGUACAGAACAGGAAAGAAGCCAGGAGCCUGAUGAGGAGCAUACAUGUAGUGAGCCCCAGGCCCCUGGUGAGCGGGAAGAGGAGGAAGAGGAGGAUGAAGAGCUACUAGAACCUUCUCAUGUGGAGGAUCAUGAUGCAGAUGAUGAGGAUGAUGGCCAUGUGGAUUCUGGUGAGGUGAGGAAGGAGGAUCCUACACCAGUACUGGAGAAAGAGCUUCCAGAUAACACUGAUUCCAAGCCAAACUCUUGCAAUGAUGAGAAGGAACAGGAUACACCUGUGCAGUCUUCUGGAGAGCUGGUCUCGGACAAUGGAUUAGUUAGCAUGAGCACACAAGAGAACCCUGUGGACUCAGACCACCAGGCUGAUUCUGAAUCUGAUGAGGAGGAAGAGGAGGAAGAGGAGCACAGUCAAAAUGUUGACCAAAAAGAUGCUGGUCCUUUGACUCCUGCAAUAAAAGAGGACCACAGUAUCUGUCCAGAGAUUGACAUGGAAACUGCCCAAGCAGUGCAGUCCCUAACGCAGGAGGCUGAGCAAGAAAGGCACUUCCAGGACUGUGUAGAGACCCAGGAGGCCUGCCGCAGUCUACAGAGAUAUGUGCAUGUUGACCAGAGUCCCCAAAUGACCCCAGUAGAUGACUGCCAGCAGUCAGACCACAGCAGUCCAAUGUCCUCUGUUCACUCGCACCCAAGCCAGUCCGUGCGGUCCGUCAAUAGCCCAGCUGUGUCCAUUCUAGAGAACAGCUACACUCAGAUUAGCCCAGACCAAGGCGCAAUCUCUGUGCACUCCCUACAUAACAUGGAGACAAGUCCAAUGAUGGAUGUCCCUUCUGUGUCUGACCACUCGCAGCAGGUAGUGGACAGUGGCUUCAGUGACCUUGGAAGCAUUGAAAGCACGACGGAGAAUUAUGAAAAUCCCAGUAGCUACGACUCCACACUAGGUGGCAGCAUUUGUGGUACAGGAGCCAGCACUGGUGCCUCUUCCCAGAGCAGCUGUUCCUAUGGCAACCUUUCCUCCAGUGGCAGCCAUGGACAGAGCAGCUGUGCUGUGUCCCAGCAGAUGGCUGGCCCUGUGGUGAACAAUACUGGCGCCUGCAGCAUGCUCCAGCAGAACAGCAUGAGCUCGCCACAGGGCUGCAGCGUCAAAUCCCCACAAGGCUGUGUACCAGAGAGGCAGCCUGGGCAUGGGCACGGGCACGGACAUGGUCCUGGACAUGGACACGGGCAUGGACACAUGCACAGUCAUGGUCACCACCACAACCACCAUCACCAUCACCACCCACACCAACACCAUCAGCAUCAGCACCACCAGCAGCCUCUGUCUCACUGCUCCAUGCCUGGCAGCUUCCCUCCACCCAUGCAACUCUCUGACCUCCCGGAGUCAAACAACCCCUCCACCAAUCUGGGGCUCUAUGAGAGGAUGGGCCAGGGUGAGUAUGGGGGUGGGCACUAUGCACAGCCCUCGGCUACUUUCAGCCUGGCUAAGCUCCAGCAGCUUACUAAUACUCUCAUGGACCAUCCUCUGCCUUUUAGCCACUCUGCCUCUCAUCCCAUCACAUCUUACACCAACAACAAUGGUUCAUUGUCCUCACAGCUUGGCCCUCACAACCCCACGCUGGUGCCUCUGUCUCAGCCUCCGCACGCAGUCACAGGCGGAGGCCCUCAGACACAGGCCACCAUGACUCCACCCCCUAACAUGACCCCACCACCUAUGAUGGUGCAGCGCAACAUGGGUACACCGAACAUGAACUUGGCCCCCUCCCAAAGACUGCAGACACACAUUGCACCCAAGAAUCACCCCCAUCAUUCAGUGACCAUUCGCUCUAAAUCGGCACCACUGACUCCUCACCACCAGCAGCAGAUGUACGGCAGGAGUCCACAGGCUGUUACCAUGCAGGCUCCAAGUAGGACACUAGCCAUGGCACCUCGCAUGAACAUGGGUGUGAACCUCAUGCCUGCUCCAGGUUACAACGUGAACUCAAUGAACGUAAAUAUGGCGCCUCUUAACGCAAUGAACACGUACAGAGUGACCCAACCCAUGAUGAAUGGGAGUUACCAUGGCAGCACAACGUACAUGAACCAAUCACCACAGUACUCUAUGCAGAUGGGCAUGAUGGGUACUCAGCCUUACCCACAGCAGCCCAUGCAGGCUCCUCCCCACGGCAAUAUGAUGUACAGUCCAGCGGGUCACCACAGUUACGUGAACACUGGCAUGUCCAAACAACCCUUGAACGGGCCUUACAUGAGACGAUAAUCGCUAAUGACCCCUCUCCUGCAAAUUGUCAGGAAAUGAAAGUCAGCUUGAUGACUUGAGGUAGUUUUUUGUUUGUUUUGAUUUUCAAUAUUAUUGUUUGCUUUUAUGUAUUCUUUUUUUCUUUCUUAAAAACCAGCACUUGGUAAGAAUGCAAAAAAGUUGUGUUUAAUGGCUAAUCUUUAGCUUUUUCCCUAUUUAUAUGGGAAGCCUUACAUCAUCGAAAUUUAAUGUAACGUUUAAAUGUAAAUCUACAAACUGCAUUGCAGUUUAUAACUGCAGUGAUUUUUUUUAUUUUUAUUUUUUUUAUUUCCCCCUUUUUGUUUUGGACUUGCUUCAUGGAACCUUUAAAUGUGCCUGCAUUGUAAGCCUUUCAAUGUACCUGUUUAACAAUCGCAAGGUUAUGUUUCCAAGUCUGUACUCAUGCCUUCAUAUUAUUUAAAUUAUUGUAAGUCUACUUUUAUAUAUAUAUUUUUUUUUAAGUGUAAGGUGAAACUUAGCAUGCUAUAAUGUCUUUGUUAGUGACAGUGCAUCAAAGUAGUACUGUACAGUGUUGUGCUUAAAAGCAAGCAAUUUUAUAUUAAAUAUAUGGCCUUGGUUAGGUUUCCCUCUUAUGGAAGGAAAAAUGAAAUUCUAUUUUUGUUGUUUCUAAUACUGAAAAGAUUUUAAAACAUUGUCAUGUUUUUUGGGUGUUCAGCUUCGAAGGUUCUAUUGCUAAUUGUGUAUAAUUUGUUACUUUUUAACAAGUUUCUUUACCUGAGGCAGCUUUGUUUUUAUACAAACUAAAGCAAUUUCAGACGAAAUAGAGAAGUAAAUGUCAGUAUUUGUACAUGUAGAAUUCUAAAAAAAAAAAAAAAAAAAAAAUCAACGGAAGGGAAUGCAAAAAAAAGGAAAAAGAAAAAAAAGGAAAAAACAAAACUUUCACAGGGCAGUUCAGAAAAUUGUCAAUUUACUCCCAAAGUUGGUCUUUUUAUGAAAUGCCUUUAAACAUGCAUUUUCAUUCCACAUGUAAAUUUUUUUUAUCUUUAUAAAACAUCUGAUUUAUAUUUUACUGAAAUGUAGAACAGUAGCCUUGUUAAUAGACAAAACAGAUGGCAUGUAUAAAGAGAAAAUUGUAUUGGUGUCUGUUUGUAUAGCUUAUUUUGUAGCCUUUGUACCUGUACAGAAUGGCAGUUUGAUGUAAGAGGGAUAUCCUGACUAUACUAAUUAAUGGAGCAACAGUCCUGUAUUUAUGAGUUACCUUUUUAGUCAGUCACUUAAAUGCUGUACAUUUUAGCAGAAAAUAAAUUAUGAUGAGCCACUGACAGA